AGAUAUCAAGAUGAGUGGGGAUGUAGCAGAUUCCACGGAUACUCACAGUGCCCUCAGCCAGGUGGAGACAGGAAAUGAUCGAAAUGGCCUAGAUUUCAACAGGCAGAUUAAAACUGAGGACCUCAGUGACUCCCUGCAGCAGACCCUCUCGCAGAGGCCAUGCCACCUGAGUCAAGGACCCGCCAUGAUGCCUGGAAACCAAAUGUCCGGGGACAUGACCUCCCUCCAUCCGCUCCAGCAGCUCGUGCUGGUUCCUGGCCACCUACAGUCUGUAUCCCAGUUCCUGCUAUCUCAGACCCAAACUGGGCAGCAAGGUCUGCAGCCAAAUCUUCUCCCCUUUCCACAGCAACAAAGCUCUCUCCUCCUCCCACAGACUGGGCCCGGCCUGGCAUCCCAGGCAAUUGGGCGCCCCGGGCUGCCAGGAUCUUCUUUAGAACCUCAUCUGGAAGCGUCCCCGCAUCUCCCAGUGCCCAAGCAUCUACCCAGCUCUGGAGGGGCUGACGAGCCCAGUGACCUGGAAGAGCUGGAGAAGUUUGCCAAGACCUUCAAGCAGAGGCGCAUUAAGCUGGGCUUCACACAGGGAGAUGUGGGGCUGGCGAUGGGAAAGCUUUAUGGCAAUGACUUCAGCCAGACCACCAUCUCGCGAUUCGAGGCCCUCAAUCUGAGUUUCAAGAACAUGUGCAAGCUCAAGCCGCUGCUGGAGAAGUGGUUGCAUGAUGCAGAAACCUCUCCAUCAGACCCCUUGAUGAACACCCCCAGCUCUUUCCCCACCCUCAAUGAAGUGUUCGGUAGGAAGAGGAAGAAACGGACCAGCAUCGAGACCAAUAUCCGCCUGACUCUGGAGAAGAGAUUUCAAGAUAACCCCAAACCCAGCUCCGAGGAGAUCUCCAUGAUUGCAGAGCAGCUGUCCAUGGAGAAGGAGGUGGUAAGAGUCUGGUUCUGCAACCGACGUCAGAAGGAGAAGCGAAUCAACUGCCCUGUGACCACACCCAUGAAAUCACCUGUCUACAACUCCCGCCUGGUCUCUCCCUCUGGGUCUCUGGGUCCCCUCUCUGUCCCUCCUGUCCACAGCACCAUGCCUGGAACAGUAACGUCAUCCUGUUCCCCUGGGAACAACAGCAGGUCUUCAUCUCCCGGCUCAGGACUCCAGGCCAACAGCCCCACUGCAUCUCAAAAUAACUCCAAAGUGGCAGUGAGCUCCUCCAGUUUUAACUCUUCGGGAUCUUGGUACAGAUGGAAUCAUCCCACCUACCUCCACUGAGGCCAAAAAGUUUCUCUGAAUCCACCUGGCCCUGCAUGUCCCCCUGGGAGGAAGGGAAUCACGCCCUCUCUGUAUGGACAGAUUACUGUCAGAAGAGUGGAAGAGAAUCCCCACUGUCAACCCAAACUCUUGCUUCUUCAAGAGUGAGGGCCUCCAGAGAUCCAAACUGUGACUAAACCAUGCACUGGCUCCUAGUGCUCUUGAAUCACAUCCCCCCCCCAACCAGGUGUUCACCAUUUUCACCUUCUUUCCCUGUGCUCCAAUCCUUGUUCCAAAUACUUCCCAUGGCUUCCCUAUGGCAGUAGUCUUUCUGAGAAAGGACACUUUGCCGUUAUUUUCCAACUCAUCUGUGGGCUUCUGGGGACAGCAGUUUGCCUGGUGUGCCAAACAACCAGAAGGAGAGAUCAUGGUUUUGACUCCAAACUUGGCCACAAUCUCUGAACCGAUCUCUAAAAUCUGUGAAAAGAUUGGAAUCUGAUGUCUCCACCAAAGCCUGGAUGCUCUCUCUGUUGAGCAAACUUUUCUGACUGACUCUUCAUUUCACCCCAUGUUCUCUGUAGCCCCGCCCCCUUUUCUAGAACCAAAUCCACUCAUGAUGGCCUUCUCCAGGAUCCCUCCUCUUUACAGAAGGCUGAGCCACCCUCAGUCCCAUGGGCACAAUUCUCUGCCCACAGGUGCUCUUCUGUGUUCUACACCUGCCCCAGAGUUCAGGAGUGUUUAUUCCUUCUCUCCUUCCUUGUCCUUAUCUGGUCCUCUCUCCCUUCCCCUGGCUGCAGGAGGAAGAACAGAAAAGCAAACACAUAACAAUUAUGUUGGCAAAAUACCUGUAUAUAGCCCCUUCUUGUUUUUGCAGCUACGUUCUCUCCUAAAUGUGGAAUUUUCCAGCAAAAUGUUUAACUCAGGUGUGAAUUUUGAAGACAUCUCUGUAAUAUUUUAUCUCCUUUUUAAAAAAAGAAAAAGAAAGGAAAAAAAUGCCAAA